AUGCCCUUCGCACAACUAGUGAUUGGCCCCCCCGGCUCAGGGAAAUCCACCUACUGCAAUGGCAUGUACCAGUUCAUGUCUGCCAUCGGGAGGAAAUGCUCAAUCGUGAAUCUUGACCCGGCAAACGAGAAGACGACGUACCCGUGCGCACUGGACGUGCGUGAGUUGAUCACGCUGGAGGAGGUCAUGGAUGAGGAAGGAUUGGGACCGAACGGCGGGAUUAUGUAUGCGCUCGAGGAGCUGGAGGGGAAUGUGGAGUGGUUGGAGGGGGGGCUGAGUCGAUUGGGUCAGGAUUAUGUCUUGUUCGAUUGCCCGGGGCAAGUAGAGCUCUUCACGCACCAUGCCAGUCUUAGGAAUAUUUUCUUGAGGAUACAGAAAUUGGGGUAUAGACUAGUGGUAAUACACCUAGUAGAUUCCCACUACUGCGCCGACCCAUCAAAAUACAUCUCCGUCCUUCUCCUCUGUCUCCGCUCAAUGCUCCAACUUGACCUCCCACAUAUCAACGUUCUGUCAAAAAUCGACCUGAUAAACCAAUAUGGUCCGCUGGCUUUCAACCUUGAUUUCUACACAGAGGUGCAGGACUUGACACAUAUGCUACCGUUACUAGAGGAGGACCCCCGACUAAAGAAAUACGCCAAGCUGAAUGAGGCGAUCGUGGACCUUGUCGAUAGCUUUGGCUUGGUCAGUUUUGAGACAUUAGCGGUUGAGGAUAAGCUCAGCAUGACGCAUAUGCUACAGGCGGUUGACAGGACCGGCGGGUAUGCUUUUGGAGAAGCGGAAGGCGCUGGCGAUAAUGUUUGGACACUGGCGAUGAGAGGAGGGUGGGGGGUUGGGAUGUCUGCACAGGAUAUUCAGGAGCGGUGGAUAGAUAAUCGAGAGGAGUAUGAUGAGUUUGAGAGGAAGCAAAUGGAGGAGCAAGCUGCCAAAUCUAAAGCCGAGGCGGAAGCUGAUGAAUUCGUGUAA